AUGGAAGUUGUGUCCCAUCGCGUAUCCCGUGUAAGACCGUCAGUGUCUUCAACCCAAAAGAAUUGCAUAACACUUGACGAAUUACCAACAGUGUCAACCUCAUUAUUAAAAUAUCAUAUUCCCCAACUAGUAACAGGACGGAAGGUUGAUUUGAGAAGCAAGGGAACUAGCACAACGACUGAGAAGAGGCCCUCAUUGCGAAGACAGUCUGAAGCCACAGUCAAGGAAACAGCGAAAAGCAUUAAGACUACAAAACAAGUUGGAAGCGCUUCAAGGCCGAAUCCUGAUAAAACUUGUUCACUUGAAGAAGACAGCACCAAAGAUGUGGAUAGUGAUGAGGUUUACACACAGGACUUGCUCGAUGCGUUGUUCCCACUGCGAGAAUUCCGUCUAAGAUGCGGAAAUGUUUAUCAUCAGAGAGUCUCUGCAGCACCAGCCACACGUUUGGAUGUUCUUGCUGUUCAUGACCAACUGAUCAAAGAGCUUCAGCGACGGAGGGCGAAAGAGUGCGGUGUUUGCCCGAUUAGAGAAGAGCUCUAUUCUGAUUGCUUCAAUGAAGUUAUUCGUCAAGUUGCUGUUGGUUGUGCUGAACGUGGAAAGCUUCUUCAUGUUGUGAAACGCGAAGUGGAAGACACGAAAGAAGCUUACAAAUCGCUGUAUAACUCUGUAACAAAAUUUGGUUUACGGAAAGCAUUAAGUGAAGAACAAAAAGCGGCGCGAGAAAGAGAAGAAAUAAAGCAGCUAGAGGCUGAAAUAAGCGAACUUGAAAAAGAAGAAAAUCAGCUUCAAAGUGAAUACGAAGAAAUUCAUCGAAAAGCACAAGCGGACAAAGCUGAGGAAAAUGCCAUUCAUAAUAAGAAAGUCUCGUUAUUGAAAUCGUCAAUUAAUACAGUUCAGGAAAGAAUAGAAUUAUUUUUAUCGGUUCAAACCAUUUCGUAA